UGUAGGCAACGCCUUCCAAUGCGUGUUCACUGAUUGGUGCAGCUCACGUCAAUCAAGAUUUGCAGCAAGGUUGGUUGAACGCCAGCCGGUAGUUGAUGUCCCAUCAAAAGUCGUCAGUCACUGGUGGAGAGGAGUCGCAGUAAUCAGGCCACCACCAUGCAGUUUCUAAGGGGAGUCAUGGAGACUGUGUCCGCCGUCUCCAACCUCUUCUCCAACCCCUACCGCGUCAGGGAAGUACCACUGUCAGAGUACAGUGGAGGGGGGAAAGUCAAGCUGAAGGAGGAGGGACGCAUGGUGCUGUACAAGAACACCCCUUGUCAGAGUUGGGACUGCCUGCUCAAGUGCCCUGAUACGCCCACAGUCGCCUUGAGGUUGUUUCAGGUCAACUCCGAGGAGGAUGCCAUGAACUGGUUCCCCCAGUACGCCCUCAAGCUUCGUCCCUUCUACGAGACCCUCCCCCUCACCAAGCCAGAGGCAGUCCAGCCAAUAGUAGACUGCCUCCGUAGUCACGCUGACUGGAGCUCAGCCCACAUCGCCGUGGAUACGGGCCUGAGGGAAUGCCUGAAGCACAACCACGUCCAGAGCCAGAUCAACGCCAGGGACGGUGCUGGUCAGACCCCAUUACACCUGGCGUGUGAGCGGGGGGAAGUGGCGUGUGUCAGAGAGCUGCUGGAGGAGUGCCAGGCUCGCACUGACAUCAAAGACAAGAACGGGGAGACGCCAAUGCAUUGUGCCGCCAAGCAGGACUCUGCCACUAUUAUACAGGCGCUGUGCAGUAGGAUGUGUGCGGGGGUGAAUGAGCUGAAUGGGGCGGGGGAGACGCCCCUCCACGUUUCUUGUCGCCUUGGGAGGGUAGAGGCCGUGAACGCACUCCUGGGGGGAGGAGCCCGCUGUGACAUCAUCGGGAGCAGGGGCUACCCAAUCCACGCCGCCAUGAAGUACAGUGAGAAGAGUUGUGCUGAGGCUGUCCUGGAUGCAGACCCAGGUCAGCUACAGGUAGAAGAUGCCGUCUAUGGAGGAACCCCCCUACACUGGUGCAAGACUGCAGAGAUGUGUCGUACGCUGCUGGAACGAGGUUGCUUGGUGAACUACCUCAGUAAGACAGGGGAGAGUGCACUGCACGUCCUGACCAAGAGGGGGCGCUUCGAUGCUUCCAUGGUGCUGCUCACACACGGGGGGGAACCCAACCUCAAGGGUCAGGAUGGGAACACAGCCCUGCAUCUGGCUAUGAAG